AACAUAUGUUUCUUUUAUACAUUUUGUGUUUUCCUUGAAUUCGGAGAGCAAUAAUCUCUUUGGAAUUAAACCGUGAUCCGUUUAAGAAGAUAAACAUAAAUAAUCACGAUAUAAGUCGUCGUGAAUAUAAAAAAAUCGCUCUGACAAACAAAAUAUCGGGAGCAAUGAACCGCUUUGGCGGUGUCGGCGGUUGGUAAGGAAUUAUUGCGAAUUUCGGUGCGGCCCAGAAACAGCGUGUGUAAGGCGCGCGUGUAAAUCACGAAAGCGAGCGCUGUCGAAGCGACGUCUCGCUCGAAUACUCCGACGCGAAAAAUAGACACUGCCGAUAUUCGCCGGGAAUUAUUCCUUACGGAUAAUACCAGCGGCGACGUCGACGGCGACACAACGCACGCCCUCUGCAGUUGAAGAUUUAAGACUAGUUAAACAUGCCUAUGUACCAGAGGCCAGCGUUCUGGAGAGUCCCGCAUCAGAGGCCGGACCCUGACGAUGAAAAAAGAAAUUUUGCCAGACGAAGAGUGACGCCAGGCACGCCGGCCGGCAAGGACCUAGCGCGAGGCGACAUCAUUGCUAAAAUCGACGACUACGAUGCACGCGACUUGCGCCACGAAGACGCGCAGAACCUCUUCAAGAACGCCAACAACCAGAUUAAAUUAGUAGUACAGAGGGAUGUGGAGCGCGAGGCGCCCCGCGACGCGACCCUAGCGCCGCGCUCGCCGAUAGCCAACGCCGCAGCACCUCCCUUCAGGACACCUAGUCCGUUGCCGUCUGCAUGGCGCGGGCCGGAGUCCCUGCCGCGCAGCACGCCGGUGCCGCCCUACGCACAGUUCCCUCUGCAACAGGAGGGCGAGUUCCGCUCCGUGAUGCUGACGCCGUCCGCUCGCGGCGAUGACGUCGUCGAUGAGUCUAUACAGAGCCAGCCAUACCGCACAACGCCGCUCGUGCUGCCGGGCGCGAAGGUACGGCGCGAGCCCGGCCCUACGGAGAGCUAUCUGCGGCACCACCCCAACCCCGCCAUGCGCGCGCCCCCGCACCACGACUACCGCGACACACUCAUGAAGCAAAAGGUGGCGGAGUCGGUGCUGCAGCGGGUGGUGGGCGAGGAGGGCAACAAGUUUGUGCACAAGCAAUUCAAUUCGCCCAUCAACCUAUAUUCGGAACAAAACAUCGCCAACUCGAUCCGACAACAAACAACGCCCUUGCCCUCUAACGGCCAUUACGGGCGGCCGCACGUUGUCAAGAGCCACAAGCCCACGCUGCAGUACGACCCCGCCGCCUCGGACACGUACCGCGCGCUGCACGAAGCGGAGCCCGCCACCGCGCAGCCCGCGCCGCCGCCCGCCAAGACCUUCACUGCGCCACAACACAAGAGGCCGACGCCCGCUCCGAAAGCAGCCAAGCAAACUGAGGCGAUCUCGAAAACAAAAACGACCUUCGUGAACUCUUUACACGAGGAGCAAAUCCAGCAGUCGAACUCAUUCAAGAGGCUCAUGUACAAUGUGCUCGGCGACACAGACCUCUAAGCAACGUCUAGAAAUCAGUUAAUCUGUGGUAUUGCCAUAUCAAAAAACCUAUCACAGACAAAAAA